CAUGGUAACACUUCCCUCAAUACUGGACCUCUGAUUCAAAAAGACAAACAAGUGCUUUUCAUACAGCUGUUUUUCAGCAUGAAUUUGGCUGACAUAUGUGACAACGCCAAGAAGGGUCGUGAGUAUGCUUUACUGGGGAACUAUGACUCUUCAGUUGUGUACUACCAGGGAGUCAUUCAACAGAUCCUCAAGCACUGCCAGUCCCUCAGAGACCCGGCACUUAAAGUCAAAUGGCAACAGGUAAGGCAGGAACUUACUGAAGAGUACGAGCAGGUGAAAGGCAUCAUGGCAACGCUGGAGAGCUUUAAGUCGGAGAAGCCAGUUGACAUUCUGGCCCCUCAGAAUGAGGAGAGACCUGAGGAUCCAGCAGUUUGGCCCCCUCCUACCCCUGCAGAGCACAGUGUUGGUUUCUGUAGGAAUCCUGUUCCAGUGAAGCGACCCAGCAGUGCAGUAAAGCAGCAGAGAAAGGAGUCUCCUGCUCUACAGCAUCGAGGAGCAGGACCUGGAGGUCGUGGCCAGGCUAACCCAAAAGUAGACCGACCAGGGUCCAGGGAUGCACGGGGUCCAAAGGGCAAGGAUGAUAAGGGAAAGAAAGGAGGUGGAGACGUUUCAGGGGAUGCAGAGCAGAAAAAGUUUGAUGGUACAGGAUACGACAGCGACCUGGUGGACUCACUGGAGAGAGAUAUUGUGUCCCGUAACCCAAACAUCCACUGGGAUGACAUCGCUGAUCUGGAGGAUGCUAAGAAGCUGCUGAGAGAAGCUGUAGUUUUGCCCAUGUGGAUGCCUGACUUCUUUAAGGGCAUACGUCGACCCUGGAAGGGUGUGUUAAUGGUGGGCCCUCCAGGGACAGGAAAGACCAUGUUAGCCAAAGCUGUGGCCACAGAAUGUGGGACUACUUUCUUUAACGUGUCCUCCUCCACCCUUACCUCCAAAUACAGAGGCGAGUCAGAAAAACUGGUCCGGCUGCUGUUUGAAAUGGCCCGGUUUUAUGCACCAACAACCAUCUUCAUAGAUGAGAUCGACUCAAUUUGUGGCAGAAGAGGAACAUCUGAUGAACAUGAAGCCAGCCGCAGGGUUAAAUCAGAGCUUCUGGUUCAAAUGGAUGGUGUUGGAGGAGCUUUGGAGAAUGAUGACCCCUCUAAGAUGGUGAUGGUCCUUGCUGCCACUAACUUUCCCUGGGACAUUGACGAGGCAUUACGACGACGGUUGGAGAAGAGGAUUUACAUUCCACUACCCACAGCUGUGGGUCGUGUGGAGCUUCUUAAGAUCAACCUGAGAGAGGUGGAGCUGGCUGCUGAUGUGAACCUGGACCUCAUUGCUGAGAAGAUUGAGGGAUACUCAGGGGCGGAUAUCACCAACGUCUGCAGGGACGCAGCCAUGAUGGCGAUGCGCCGUCGAAUCCAAGGCCUGACUCCAGAGGAGAUCCGAGCUCUGCCCAAAGAUGAACUGCAGAUGCCAGUGACCAUGGAGGAUUUCACUCUGACGCUCAAGAAGAUCUCCAAGUCUGUCUCUGCUGCUGACCUGGAAAAAUAUGAAGGCUGGAUGGCUGAGUUUGGGUCAGUAUGAAUAAACAGCUCAUUGAAAUCCAAGUGAGGGAAGAACAUUGACUGGAGGAUUUGCAGCUUUGAAAAUGAUGAAGGGGCACUCGGGAAUCUGUGUGAACCAGGAUGUACAGCUCCAAGUUAACAGAGGGGAACAUAUGAACUUUGAGUGGCUUCAGCGUCGUCUUUUCACAUAUUCUGCCCUCAUUAUUUUCUGUGUUGGGACUCAAACAUCCCGCUGCUGACUGACUAACAUGACUUGAGAAUAAACAGGGAACUUUGGAUGUAAAAAGUAGCCUGAUGCACACAGGUAGACCAAGGAAUGCACUAGUUUUAUAUAUAUGGCCUCUUGCAAGAACAUUUUCACAUUGUUAUAAAUUCCCAAAGCUGAUUAAUACAUGUUCUGUCUUUGGGCUUGUGAGAUUUGAUCAUGUGCAUGGCAGCACUUCUCAAAACAAAGCAGGACACUUUUUCUGCCCCAUUUUGGGACAUUUUCCAUUCCAGAACUGUUUUAAGAGCUAAAACUCCCUCAGCUGAACUUCAACACCUGCUGUCAAAAGUAAGCAGCCAAAGCCAUGACAAGUUUAGCAAUGUGAACAGUCUUAUUAGCAGACCAGAAUAAUGGAAAAACCAAAUAGAGCCACCCCUAGCUGAUUGUCAUUGCCUAGCAUCACGCUAUGUAUAGACCCUGAGCUGUUGCUGCAAGAAUUAUCCAAACAAAUACUAACUUAUUUAAGCUGUGAAAAACUGCCAAUGAUGCCAAAUUUUUAAAAAACAAAUAAACAAAAAAAACAGAUUUAGGCAUUUUAACUGAGGUGUUCUCUGCGUGACUUGCGCAGCAGAUCCAGUCAGUGUAUGAAUUUGUUUUGCACUGCAAAAACUCAAACCUUAUCUAGUGUAUUUGUCUAAUUUAAGGUCAAAAAUGUGUAAUUACACUUAUGUGUGCCUUGUUCACCUUACAAAUCCAGAUAAACAUCUUACUCCAACAUCCAUCCACCCAUCUUUCUCUACUCGCCCACGGUUGGGUCCGUUCAUAGCCGGCUAAGCAGGUCACCCCAGAGACCCUUUUCCUGAGCGAGUUUUCUAGCUUUUCUUAGAGGAUUCAAAGGUUCUUCCAGGCCAGAUGAUAUAUCUAAUCCUCCCAGGGAUCUCCUUCCAGUUGGAUGUGGCUGGAUGAUCUCCACAGGGAGGCGCCCAGGAGGUAUCUUGAUCAGAUGCCUGAACCACCUCACUGUCUCCUUUUCAUAUGUAGGAGCAGCGACCUUACCAAAUUGAUCAUUGAUUGAUUGCUAAGGCUGAGCCUGGCUACCCUCCUGAAGAAUCACAAACUGACGGCUUGUAUUUGAGAUCUCACUUGUAAUAAUUAAAAUCAACGCUUCUGUAGUAGCUUUGUUUGACUUCAGUAGGUAUUUUAAGGAUGUUUAUCUGGACUUAUCUGUUGAAUAUGGAUUGUAAUAAGCAUAAUGAAAUAUUUAAUAAGAAAUUCAACAAAUACACUUGAAAAGAUUUGGACUAAUGCAGUGUGUAUCUCUUAAGUACAAGAUAGUUUCACAAGUAACUGAAGAAACAUCUUUUCAUCCUUAGGAUUCUUGCAAGAGGCCCUUCGUCUUAAAGAACUGUAUGUUCCAGCACUUUUAAUGUAAUGUAUCUCCUAUGAGAGCUUGUACUACUGACUGAAAACACUUGAAAACCACAGUGUCUGUUCUAUGUGUUUGUGUUUUCUGUUUUUAACAUUUGUGUUUAGUUGUAGACUUUUUGUGUAAACAGAUGUAGUGGCAUAUCUGUAAGAGACAGUUCACUCUCAUUUCAAAUCAUGCCUCCGUCAUGGCUCCUGUAUUUUAUGUGACCUGUUAAAGCGAUCAACCUGAACUGAGUCAGGUUAUGUCUCAUAUAAAUCACUGUCACUCUUAGGAAAAGACCAAGGAACAGGAUUUAUGUAUUGUUUACUUAAAAUUGACUACACCUUUAACCUAUGUCACUGUUGCUGUAUUAAGCUGCCUCUAGUUUAAAAGGCAAAUAAAAAACGACUUAAAGCCCCGUUCGCUUUGCACCACAAUUUCCCAGGAAUAUUUUGGUAUUCAUUUAAUAAUUCCUGCACUUCAAACUUGUCAUGCAAAUCUUCUUAUCUUCUUAAUAAGUUUUUAAAUUAAGUCUCACCAGAAUCCUACCAUGAUGCCUAGGCUAAUGAAAUGUUCAGUAUAAAAAAAGCCUUCUCCUUCAGCAGCUAGAGUGUGCUCAGUUUUAACAGAGGUAUUUGAUCAACUGAAAUUCAUCCAAGUUGUAUACAAGGGUACACAAGUGGUAUGUCUUGUCAGAAACA